AUGUCUCAACUAUCAACCUCCAAACUGUCUCACAGAGCCUCCUACCAUGACAAAGGAAAAGCUAUUGCCACAUCAAGCUUGGACCCGAGAGUGACUAGAGUGAAAGUCCAAGACUCAGACAACUCAGAUCUGCUGUUGAAGCACUCCCUCACACUGGUGGGAAGAGUAACACACCAAAAGUACCAAAAAGUGUGGUCUAUCAUCCCAUUCUUCACGGACCGCUGGAAAACCUCUAUCCGCCCUAUUGGUGCUGACCUAGGCAACGGACACUUCCAAUUCCAGUUUGYAAAUGAAGAGGACCUGCAACUGGUGCUUGCAAAUCGACCCUACCACUUUGCAAARUGGAUGCUCAUUCUUCAACGAUGGGAGCCUACUAUAUCUCAAGAUUUUCCAUCCCAAAUCCCGUUCUGGGUGAAAGUUCAAGGUCUACCAGUACAUCUCUGGACCCAAGACACAAUUCGAAGCAUUGGAGAAAGCCUUGGAUACUGUGAAAAAGUGGAAAUAACCAGUACUACAGCAAGGAUAARGGUCCAUGUGAAUGGACUCAAACCGCUUAUCACCACCUCUAUUGUGGAAUAUCCAAAUGGAGAUGAAGUCAUAGCCUCCCUAAGCUAUGAGAAGCUUGAAAGACAUUGCUCCAUCUGUAUGAGGCUUGACCAUGAGGACAAAGAUUGCCAUACCAACCCACCAAGAACAUCUCUGGCCCCCUCAAAACCUGCGCUWGGUGGCAACAAAUAUGGCCAGCCAGAAGCUAGUACAGGAAUCAACAAGGAGAGAGAGUACCGUGCAUAUACACUCUCAAAAMCCACAAAGGACCCCCAUUACUACAGACGUAGACAAGAAGAGGCCCCCAUGAACAGAGACUGUCCUUUUUCUGAAGAGAGACACAUGUCAGAGCGGCACCARUCMUCGUUCUCAGGCAGGAGAAGCGACCUCAUAAGAAACCCAGAUGCGGGUAGACACUAUGACCAUCACAGAGAGAUGCAUAGGCGAGAUGACUACCAGAGGAUAAGGCCAGGGAGAUCAGAAAGGGCCCGAAUUAGAAAAGAGUAUGAAGUGAUGAAUAYUAGAGAAGGGAAGGAAGAUUCAUCCAGGAUUAGCAGGUCAAAGACGGAUACCAAUGUAAACCMUGCUACCCCACCUCCAUUCGCCUUCCAGGAGGYGGUAAACGAAGCAGUUGAAGAGGUGAGAGAGGUGAUGGUCCAAUAUGCAAAUUGCAAAGACCCAACAGAGAGUGCAGCCAGGCAAACAAGAUAUAAACAAGCAGAAGAAGAAGGUCAGCUGGUUGAGACAGYUGUCCGCAUGGUUCAGGCUGCACUACAAACUCCAGUGCAAGAGCCAUAG